AUGCCGCUGGCCAAAAGUAACAUAGAGACAAGAUCGAGACAAGGGGAGUUUCGUGUCAUCUGCAUUAGCGAUAUGCCGAAACGUUCGGAGAAGCGGGAUUUUACCCAGUGCAAAGAGCUUGUUUCUCCCUCCAAAAGACGGCUGGAAUAUCGUGCGACUUCACGCGAAGAAGGAGAAGACGUGCCUGGUCCUAGUUCUGGUGAAGAUACUGUAAGCAAUAUUCUAUAGAGACUAUAGAUUCGAUGAGAAGUACGGUACAGUUAAUGUAUUUGCCGACCAUGCACGAUUGCAUGACUAUCUUUGUACAUUACUAGCUAGCAUGAUGGUAUAAUGGGGCAUUACAAAAGAUUUGAUGUGACAAUCAUGGAAUGAUCUGAACAGAAACCUUUUUGUGGCAUUUUUUUGCAGCUCCAGGACAUGUCUUAGAAUUAAGUAUGUAGUGUGUUUGGUUUUCUUAGUACAAUGAGCUAGCUUAUUGAAGUCUUCCUUGGCAAGGUUUUAAAUAAGAUGCUACGUACAUGAUGCCUUUUUGAUGUAAGAACAUUUUGUAAUCAUCUCGACCUCAUGAUAUGAUUUGCACCAUGCCAAGAAAAUAUCACUCUAAAUUCGACAUUGCUUCGAAUCUCUCAAUUUAAGAAAAAGUUUUCUUAUUUUAUGGGGAAAUUUAAAACAGAUCUUAGGAUAAGAACUCUUUUUUCUGUGAUUUAAACUGCCUGUUUAAAAAAGAGUUUAUAUCCUAUGAUUUGUUUAAAUUUUCUCAUAAAAUAAGAAAACUAAAUUUCUUAAAUUGAGAGAUUUGGAGCAAUCUUGAAUUGAAGGCUGGUUUCCAUAUGAUCGCUACGAUUGCCAUGAUCGCUGAACUUUUUUUCAGUGAUUGCAGCGAUCACAGUGAUCGUAGCGAUCAUAUUGAAACCAGCCUUUAGAGUAGAUAAUAGGUGUGGUUACACACAUCAUAGUAAAAGGCAUUUCCCACAUUAACAAAACCGUGGUAAAUUUUAAUGUGGAUUUAGUUUACCGCAGCAACAUGUAGUUACACAUGAAUUAAUUCCCAAGUUGAUUUAGCCGCUUUUACGGCUUCAUUUGCUCUACUGCGGUAAUAAUUGCUGUCAAUGAUUGUAGUAUUUCAUGUUAUGUUGAAAAUUUACGGAGAGUUUAGCUGAAAUUUCAACUGGUAUGUUAGUGUUAGUCUUGCGAAGGUAGUUAGCAGUUUGAUUACAUGCCAGAAAUAGAACAAAUUUUUUUUGUAAGUAUUGUUCCCAAAUCAGUAUAGCCCAACAAAUUAGUUCAAUCAGUGUGAAAUAAACCUGUUUAUUUAACACAGGAAACUUACCUUGGGAAAUGUCGGUCACACUAUUAAAUACAGUUUCCCAUGGUAAAAGGGCAAUUUCCCAUGGAAAAAGUGCCCUGUGUAACUGCACCUAAUAUAUAUAUUCAAUAUCUCUAGGUUUCUGGUAUACUGCAAAGUGAUGUUUCAGGAUAUUUAUAACCCAUAUUUUAAUUUCAAUGUUUCAAGGUUCCUGGUAUACUGCAAGGUGACGUUGUAUCUUUGUAUUUACUGGAGGUACAACUCACCAGAAAUGCAGUUGUCAUUUUAGACACUGCUGCGACAAAGUUCUCUUGA